CCGAGGAGCCAACCAAUUGAGAAUUUGCAGACAGUGUGGGCUGUUUUGUGUCUUUUCUGGGCCUUGAAAGGAUCUUUCUUCUCCUUACCCCUUUCACUAUUAAACAACUCCUUCUUCUGCUCAACAAUCAUCCUCUUUCUCGAUUUGCGAUCUAAUUCAUAAACCAAAUUCUUACUCCUCUUAUCACCAUGGCUCUCUCAACUCCUCUUUCUCAGAUGUCUGUUGCACUUCCUAUUGGAAUUGAUGGGUCGAGCGGAUCUAUGAUUAAGGUGCAAAGUGUGAGCUUCACUGAGAAGUCAUGCGUUCCUCUUCUGAGAUUAGAUACGGUAUCUAGGAAACUGAGUUUGAAGAAACGGUCAACUGUAUGUAUGUCACUUCAGCAGCAAGCAAGGAGAUCCAAAGUCUCGGUUACUCCUCUAGAGCUUGAAGAUCCCAAGGAGACUCCUUUAAACUUGUACAGGCCCAAGGAGCCUUACACGGCAAAGAUAGUUUCGGUUGAUAGAAUCGUUGGUCCACAAGCACCUGGAGAGACUUGCCACAUUGUGAUUGAUCAUGAUGGGAAGGUUCCUUAUUGGGAAGGACAGAGCUAUGGAGUGAUCCCUCCUGGUGAGAAUCCUAAGAAACCAGGUGCUCCUCACAAUGUUCGCCUUUAUUCUAUUGCAUCAACGAGAUAUGGUGAUUCUUUUGAUGGCAAGACGGCUAGCUUAUGCGUUCGCCGAGCUCAGUACUAUGAUCCAGAGACUGGAAAAGAAGAUCCUUCCAAAGCUGGUGUCUGUAGUAACUUCUUGUGCAAUGCUAAACCUGGAGAUAAGGUCCAAAUCACAGGUCCAUCUGGAAAAGUAAUGCUUUUGCCUGAAGAAGAUCCAAAAGCUACUCACAUAAUGAUUGCUACCGGAACCGGAGUAGCUCCAUUCAGAGGGUACUUGCGUCGUAUGUUCAUGGAGGACGUUCCUACAUUCAAGUUUGAUGGACUCGCGUGGCUCUUCCUCGGUGUGGCUAACUCGGACAGUCUUCUCUACGAUGAAGAGUUCUCAAGCUACCUCAAGGACUACCCUGAGAAUUUCAGGUAUGAUAAGGCGCUGAGCAGAGAAGAGAAGAACAAGAAAGGAGGGAAGAUGUAUGUGCAGGACAAGAUUGAGGAGUAUAGUGAUGAGAUCUUCAAGCUUUUGGAUGAUGGAGCUCAUAUUUACUUUUGUGGGCUUAAAGGAAUGAUGCCUGGGAUUCAAGAUACGCUUAAGAGAGUUGCAGAGGAGAGAGGUGAGAGCUGGGAGCAGAAGCUUUCUCAGCUUAGGAAGAACAAGCAAUGGCAUGUUGAGGUGUAUUGAUUUGUGUAAUGGUGUCUCUCACUGUGUUUUUCUUACAUUUCUGCAAUUGAAUAAAAUCUUGUGGUGAUCCAUUUUGUAUGGAUGGUAAAGACUCUAAGAUAGCUUCGUUUUGUAUCUGUGUCGCUUGAAUUGUAUUGUUAUUCAUCAAAUGAUAUGUAUUUGGAAGGUUGAGUUGUU